AUGAUGGCCUCUGUGGUUGCCAGUGGCAACAGGGGCAGGGCACAGAGACUAAGGGGAGUGGACCCUGAGACCUGUAUGAUAGUCUUCAAGAACCACUGGGCUCAGGUUCUGCGUGUUCUGGAGCGCUAUGACCCGGGCCGCAGUGGGGCGGGCAGCUCGGGUCCGAUCCCGGCGGACGAGGCCAGCGCGGUGCAGAACUACGCCGAGCACAUGCUGGUGCUGCUGAUGGAGGAGCCGGCGGGGGCCGGCGGGGCCAUGGGCCCCAUCCUGGAGUUCGUCAUCCUGGAGAGCGUGAUGGAGCGCCUCUUCCUCUGGAGCCUGCGGCGGCAGUUCACCGACGACAUGAAGCUGGAGCAGCUGCGCAUGUACUCCAUGCUGAUUGGCCAGGCCCAGCAGCCGCUCCUGCAUCACAAGCCCAUCCUGCGGCCGCUCAUGAUGCUGCUGUCGUCUUGCUCGGCCUCCAGCUCCGCCGCGGUAGAGGCUGAGCUGGUGGGGCUGCUGCACCAGUUGUGCUUUGCUGUGGCUCAGGACCCCUCCGUGCUGGAGCUCUUCUUCCACACAAGCGAGGACCAGGGAGCCGCCAACUUCCUGCUCUUCUCUCUCCUCAUCCCCUACACACACAGGGAAGGCCCUGUGGGAGAUAAAGCCAGAAAUGCUCUGCUGCUUAUUAUGUCUCUCUCCGCCCACAACUGCAGAGUGGCCAAUCAUAUUGCAGAUCAAACCUACUUCUGUCCGGUUUUAGCCACAGGUCUGUCUGGACUCUAUUCUUCCCUUCCAGCCAGGUUGGAGGUAUACAGUGAAGACUGGCACAGUUUGCAGCCAGCGGAUUGGCUGCAGGUGCCAUCACUCAUUCACUUCCUUCACUCGUUGCAGUUCUGCAGCACGGUCAGCCAGGUAGCGCAUCCCUCCAUAAAGUCCCAGUUGUUGGGCUACAUCUAUAAUGGUUUCUUGGUGCCUGUUGUAGCCCCAGCUCUUCAUAAGCUCACUCUUGAGGAAGUGAUGACAUCGACGGCAUACCUUGAACUCUUCCUGCGCAGCAUCUCGGACCCCGCCCUCCUCCACACUUUCCUGUCAUUCAUUCUGAUGCAUCGGCAUGACAACGUACACAUCUUGGAUACACUAGUCAGCCGGAUCAACACACCCUUCCAGUUGGGUACAGUGUCGCUGGCUCUCUUUCGCACUCUAAUUGGAUUACACUGUGAGGACGUCAUGCUCCAACUUAUUCUCAGGUUUCUGAUCCCCUGCACACACGUGGUGAGUGGAGUGAGAGAGAGACUGAGAGAAAGGGACUGCUACUCGUCUGCUGCUGCUGCUCUACUCUCUCUCACUCCCACCUUCCUACAUCAGAACAACACACAACAGGACUGCAUCCUGUGGACAAAGGUCACAGAGGGCUUCCUGAAGGGAAAUAUGGGCCUAGACGACCUCCUGACGAGCAGCGCCACGGUGGGCUACUGGCGUUUCCUGGGGGGCGACUCGCUGACGGACAGCAACUACCUGCAGUACCUGAGAGAGGCCCACGAGGUGGUGGGCGCCUGCGUCUGGGCGUGCCAGGUGUGGUCGGCGCCUUACGACGGCCUGCGGCCCUCGCCCGAGGACUACCGCGACGAGGAGGAGGAGCGCCAGCAGCAGGAGGAGCGCGCGAGGAGGCGCGCCGAGAGGGAGCGCGAGGAGGACGCCGUGCUGCCCUUCGUCAGCUCCUCGCAGGCGCUCUCGAACGUGCCCCCCGCGGCCGCGCCUGCGCCCACCUCCGCCUCCAUCUCCGCGCCGGCCCCCGCCGCCGACCCCAGCUCCGGCGGGCAGGAUCUGGAGUGGGAGUGGGACGACAUGUUCGAGGCGGGCAUGGAGGCGGGCAUGGAGGCGGGCGAGGCGGGCGUGGCCGUAAAGGCGGUGGAGCCCCCGCAGCACCUGGUGGAGAUGAGGCGCAGCGCCAUCUCGCUGGUCCAGGGCUCGUACGUGGAGGAGGCCGAGUUCCAGGACGACGUGCUCGUCUACAGCCUCAUCGCCCAGAGGGACUCGCGCACAGAAAGUGCGUUGACCAAUGGGCUUGACUCGGAAAUGGAUCACUCCGGUGACCACUCGAAUGCACAGACCGGCACCGGCACUCAGGACUGUGCUCAAAACGGACUGGACCACAACUGCCACCCGUCUCAGGACUACAACUACCAGCGUCCCCAGGACUACAACUACCAGCAUCCCAAGGACUUUGUGUCCCAGUGCCUGGAGCUCAUCCAGAGUCUAGGCUGGGAGGCGGAGAGCAUCAUGGGAGAUGAGGAGUUCCGCGAGCGCGUCCAGCGACUGUCCUGUGCCUUGCAGGAGGAGGUGGAGCUCAGCUUUGAGGAUGCAGAACCACUGAAACUUACACAAGUUGAGGCUGAUGGGACCAACAACCAGAAACAGGGCCAAGACACUCCCUUCACAGGGCCGUUUAUUAGUGUUCUGCUUUCUCGGCUGGAGAACCUUCUGGAGAACUCCAUCGAGGUGAACCUGCUGGUGACGGGCAUCCUGGCACAGCUGGCAUCGUUCCCCCAACCACUGCUCCGCUCCUACCUGCUCUCCACCCAAGCAAUCUUCCAGCCAGGAGUACGCACUCUCUACCAGGUGCUGGGCUCAGUGAGGGAUCAGCUGGAGCGCUAUGCUGAGAAGCAGACGGGCUUUGCUGAGCUGGUGCGGGAGGCGGGGCUCUACCUGCUGACCAGAGAUCAGGCCCUGAGAGAGAGAGAGAGAGCAGGUGAGAAUGGAGAGAGCUGGUUUCCCAUUGGUCAAGUCCUGAGGCCCCUCCCACGGUGUCCCAAGAUCCCGCCGGCGUGGCGGAGUCGUGUCUACGCUGCCGUCCUGUUCGGAGAGUUCCUGAAGGAGCUGUCCGCUCUCGCCCAGGAGCACACCACCCUGCUGGAGCCCAGUGAGGGCUAG